UUUGGGGUGGUCGCUCUCUUCUGUGCUGUCUGGUAGCCAAGUAAUUCAUGUAAUCACAGGAAUCUGACGCCAUCCGAUUAAUUAUUUAAAUGUUUUAAGCCUCUGGUUUCUCUGAUGCUGCUUGAUGACAUUUUGUUCCAUCCUCUGGGCAACAAAGAUGAUAAAGCUGUGUGGGGCAUGCAUCCAGAAGAGCAGGGAUUUAUUUUUUAAAUUUUUUGUAUGGUUUAAGUUGAAGUGCAGCUGAUUUCACAUAUGCUGGUGUGUUUUGAUGGAUUGGCGGCCAGUCACCGCUUAUUUUAAAGCUGCAGUUUUCGAUUAAUCUGUAGGAGUUAUUCUCAGAAAAGUGAAAAAACCUGUUCACAAUUUCCUAGAGGUCAAGCCGGCCUUCAUAAAACACAUCAGAAUAGACUAGGAUUAAAAUAAAUGUUCACGUAAAAGAAGCUUGUAACAGAGGGUUCUUGAUAUUUAAAGAGCAGAAUUUAUUUUGCUGUGAUUUCACUGUUAACGUACAAACAACAUCUAAAGAGUUUUAUUUUCUUUGCAUAACCCAUCAAUAUCUGAGCCAUCUUCACCACAGUGUGCGACAAAUCCAUCAUGAAACAUCCAAUCUUACGUAAUGUGCUGAAAUGACGAGAAAAACGGCUUAAAUCUGGGAGCAGAUGUAAAUCCUCAUUUUAGGAAAGCCUCCAAAAAAAAAAAAAAACCGGAGCGGGUCCGCUCCCGAGGUAUGGUUCUGUUAUGUGAUCGUCUGUUUAAGCCCAUAAUCUCCUCUCUAGUCGGGGGACGUCUGCCCGGAGAAGAGUUUGCUCAGAUGACCUCGUCUGCCACCGUGGCGGAUUCCCUCGGUUUUUCUGCGCGUCCCGCCGAGUUCACGUCGGUCAACAUGCCUUCCGGCAGCACCGAGAGCCACUUCACGAGAGCAGGAUGCCCGCCGGUGGCUCCGCGAUGCUGGCGGCGGUGAUGCCCCUGCUCCUGAGCACGGCGCUGGGGUUCAAGCUGUGCCCCGCUUCCUGCCUGUGCUACGAGUCCUCGGACCUGGUGGACUGCAGGUCUCGCGGGCUGCUCCGGGUCCCCCCCAGCGUCCCCCACGGGGCCUGGCUGCUGGACCUCAGGGGGAACAAGCUGACGGAGGUGCCCGCGGGGUCCUUCCUGGGGCUGUGGUCGCUGAAGAUCCUGAUGAUGUCCAACAACAGCAUCCACACUCUGCAGCCGCAGUCUCUGUCCUCGCUGCAGUUUCUGGAGAAGCUGGACUUAAGUUUUAACCGCCUCCGCUGGCUCCCCAAGGACUUCUCCCAGAGUCUGACCUCUCUCCAGGAGCUCCGGCUGAACCACAACUUGCUGCAGCACCUGGACUCCGCUUCCCUGGGACACUCCGAAAACCUGAAGAAACUGGACCUCAGCUACAACCGCAUCCAAGUGAUGGAUGUCAAGGCUUUCAACAGCCUGUCUCGUCUGAGCGUCCUCAACCUGGAGGGGAACAGGCUGAACGCACUGGAGAACGGUCUCCUGAGCCGGCAGCAAGGCCUGGAGGUGCUGCUGCUCGGCCACAACAACAUCUCCGCGAUCGAGUCCGAGGCUCUGGCUCCUCUGAGGGGCCUGACUCUGCUGGGUCUCCAGGGAAACCAGCUGCAGCACAUCCGGUUCAAGACCCUCCUGAAGCUCCAGACCACCAACACGCACCUCCAGAUGUCCUCCAACCCCUGGAUCUGCGACUGUGAGAUGGAGCGCGUCUUCGGCAAGAUCCAACGCGUUCGAUAUCUGCACGUGGAGGACUACAAGGAAAUCAUCUGCCACGCUCCGCCUCAGCAGGCCGGCGCUUCCCUGGCCUCGCUGGACAGCCAGCUGUGUGUGGCCGAGACCGCCUCCGUGCUCAUCAUCACCAUCACCGUGAUGCUCGCCGUGAUCGGCGCCCUGGUCAAAGCCGAGUGCAACCAGAAGAACAAACAGUCCGCAAGCGACGCAGAGGCUCAGAAACAAGAACAAUGACCGUGGUUCACCGACGACGGGGGUUCUGGGACUGACGUGCGACUGCAAAACGUUUCGAUGUCUUUGAAACUUUUUGUAUUUGAGGCGAUAGCAGCAUAAAUAUUCCUUUAGAAACCGACAGUUAGAUUUACUGGUGUAGCUUUGUCGUAAAUGAACCAAAGUUAUGUGUAUUUAUUAGUGAGGCCUUUUCAUUUAUUUUGACAAGUUAAUAUUUAAAAUACAUGAAGCCGUAAAAACAUAACAAUGAAAACGAGACCCUGACCUUUUGUCUGCAGUGCCCAUGUACCUUCGGACACUGAUACAAGGGCCCCCCCGGGGCAGGGAUGGUUUGACUCUCAGGGCCUUUUUGUGUGGAGUUUGCAUGUUCCCUCUGUGUUUGCGUGGGCUUCCUCCCGCCCCAAAAACAGGUUGGGUCAGGCUGGCCCACAGUGGCAGUAGCAGCUCAGGACCGUCCCUCCAUCUGACCAUGUCAUUUUGUUGUACAGUAGUGUGUAAUUACAAAUAAAAGCACUUUACCUUAGCCAUCUACUAAAACUUAGAUCUGGUAGCUGUGGCAUAUAAAAAUGAUUACACAAAAUUUACAAAAUAGUGUUUAUUAAAUUGAAUGCACAAUGUAAAAGCAACGCAUCAGACAGUGUUUAUUGCCAAAUGGCCAUAAUAGCCCUCCCAUUUCCAACAGAGGUUUCCCUUAAGUUAUUUAUCCGUAAAAUAUUUGAAUUGUACACCAUAAAAAAACAUUUAAGACUUCUGGAGAAAAUGUUACAAGUGAAUUGAUGUCACCAAUUCUCAGUGUCAUGAUUCAGAGCAUAACAAACAAAACAUGUAAACACGGAUCCCAAUAAAUUAUUAAAACUGCAAA